AUGGGCGGCCCACCCCCGAGCUCGCCGCCGCCGCCGCGAAAGCUCAAGGUCCUGUGCCUGCACGGGUUCACGCAGAACGCGGAGACGUUCCGGAUGCGGACCGGGUCGAUACGAAAGCAGCUGAAGAGCAGGAUCGAUUUCGUCUUCGUGGACGCGCCGCACGACGCGUCCGGCGCGUUCGGCGAGAGCGACGCGUCGUCGCUGGGCGCCGCCGCGACGGGGGAGAGCGAGAACGACGUCGGGCCGAGGGCGUGGUGGCUCGUCGGCGAGAACGCGGUCGAGGACGCGCUCGCGGCCGCGUCGUCGGAGGCGCGCGACGAGGACGAGGUCGCCGACGCCGACGAGAACGAAGCGAAGCCGCCGACGCCGCCGACGCGACCGGCGAUGUCGAGACAGAUGCGCGGCUGGGACGCCACCGCGACGCGCAUCGCGGACGCCGUGCGAACCCUCGGCCCGUUCGACGGCGUGCUGGGGUUCUCGCAGGGCGCGUCCGCGGCGGCGCUCGCGCUCGCGCUCGUGCCGUCGCUGCGCGAGACGGUCGCGUUCGCGAUUCUCUUCAGCGGGUUCGCGCCGUUGGAUCCGACCGCGUCCGCCGCGCUGUUCGGUCCGCGAGACGACGGCGGCGGCGGCGGCGGCGGCGGCGGCGAUACCCUGCGCGGGGUUCGGUCGCUGCACGUGUGGGGCACCGCGGACGGGAUGGUGUCGAGGGAACGGUUCGAAGAACUCCGCUCCGCGUUUCGAACGCCGGAGCCGGAGACGUUCGAGCACGACGGCGGGCACGGCGUGCCGUUCAGCAAGGAGUUUCGAGCGGCGCUCAAAGCGUUCGCGCUCGCGGCGUGA